AUUUUGAUUUACGGAUGAACAAUUUAAUUUUGAAAUAGGUGAGAUAAUAUCAAUUGAAAUCAAUUAUAGGUUAAGGAUCUUUUGCAACAGUAUAUUUAGGAUUUAAUGAAGAGAAUUAGAAAUUUGCUAUAAAAGAAAUAAAACUUGAUUUUAUUGAUGCAUCAGAAGAAUCUCAAAAAUUAUUGAGAUAUUUUGAUUAAGAAAUAGAGAUAUAUUAGAAGACAAAGCAUAAUAACUUAGUUUGUUUAAAAGAGGAAUUCACAAAAGGAGAUUAUCGUUAUUGUAUAUUUGAGUAUUGUAGUAAAGGAGAUUUAAAUAACUUUACUAAGAGAAAUAUGCUUAAUGAAGAAGAAGUUAAGAUAAUAUUUACCCAAAUUUUAGCAGGAAUGAAAUACCUUUAUGAAAAUGGGAUAGUACAUAGAGAUUUGAAAUUAGAUAAUAUAUUGAUAGAUGAUGAAAAUAUUAUAAAAAUAGCAGAUUUUGGAUUUGCUAAAUAUUAUCAAUAGAAUGAUGUAUUUAAUUCUUAUUGUGGAACUCCAGCAACAAUGGCUCCAGAAAUAUUAAAGUAUUUUAACUCUAAAAUUUAAUAGUUAACAAUAAUAUGAUUUUAAAUGUGAUAUAUGGUCAUUAGGAGUUAUUUUAUAUUAUAUGAUUUUUAAGAAGUAUCAUUGGAGAGGAAAUAUUAAGAGUAUAAUUGAUUUGCAGAGAUAAUAUUAAAAUUUUACAGUAGAAUAUUUCUAUAUAUAUUUUUAGGUUAAAUUCGAUAGUUCUAUUAAAUUUUCAAAAUAAGGAGAAGACAUUAUAAGUAGAAUGUUGACUUCUGAUAGAAAUAAAAGAAUUACUUACGAAGAAUUGUUUUCUCAUCCUUGGUUGGAAGGAAAACUUGAUUAAAAAUAAAAUUUAUUAGAAUCAUAAUACAUAAUUCAAAAAAAAUUAACAACAAUAACACCAGGAUAAAGAAUUGGCAAUAUUAUUAAAUAAUAAAGAAAAGUGAAAGGAGAAUUUUGUAACAUUCUUGAUUAAUGUAUAAAGGAUAGUAAAUCUGAGAAUAUAAAAUAAAAAUUUGUUAAUUUUAAGAAAUUAAUCAACUAAUAAAAAUUUCAUGUAAAAAAAUAAAAUAUGAUUUUAAGAUUAAAAUAAUUUCAAAUGUUUUGAGUGAUUAAUAAGACUUUAAGCUUUUUGAUUAUAGAUAUGAGUUAUAUGACUUUUUGUUUGAUCUUUAUAAUUAAUGUGAAUAAGAAAAUCGUGAAACAGCUUUUAAAGAACAAGAAUUAAUUAAUUUUAUAGAGAGAAAUCCUUUGUCUAAUGGAAUUACUUUUACUUUUGAAAAUUUAAGUUCGAUAGAAUAGAUUGAGAAUAUAAAAAGUUCAAUAAUAGAAGAAGAUUUAAAUAAUUUAGAAGAUGAUACAAUAUGGAAAUUUGAUAGAAAAGAAACAAACGAAGCUAAAGUAGAUUUAGUUUAAUGGGGAUGUGAGGAUAGAGUAACUUUGAGCUAAGUAGAGCAGAUGUAUAACUUUCAUGUUAAUAAAUUUAAUAAUAUAUUAAUUAAAAAUUGA